UGAAUUACAACCUGAUUGUCAACUCAGGAGAGAAAUGUUUUAGUCCCACUUCCCAGUCCCAUGUGAGUCUGACAUAGGUCCGUAUUUCCCGCCAUGUACUUCACUGAAGUUGUUUUGAACAUGUGGGACUGAAACUGUACAGUCAAUUGAUAAACUAGUGGGCCGACGUAGUGAAAAACGCUUUGAAAUUGACGAGGUGAUAGACUGGAAAAAUUGACUGAGUGACAAACUGUUAAACUGACUGAGUAAUAAACAAGAAAACUGAUUGAGUGAUACACAAGAGCACUGAUUGAGUGAUAAACAAGAAAACUGACUUGGUGACUUAGUGAAAAACAAGAAAACUGACUAAGUGAUAACUUGAGAAAUUGCCUGCCCCACUGACGGAUGCUUUUCAGCACUACUGGCGUUGUGUAACGCCAAACCAACUUCCCCUCGACAUUUUCAACAGCCGUGCAUCAACCUCUUUCUCUGUGGGUUUUUUUUACAGCCCGAAACGUAUGCUGACGUCACGAUUCAAGCCACUCGGCCAGUGGUCACCCUUUAUAACGGUAUGCAACUCGUCUGUGACACUGAGGCAGACAACGGAGGCUGGAUCGUGGUCCAGAGACGUACCUCGGCCGACGUGGACUUUUUCCGGGGCUGGGUGGACUACAAAAAUGGGUUCGGAGACCUGUCUGGAAACUUCUGGUUUGGGCUGGAGAAAAUCCAUCGGCUGACAAAAAAGGAGAGGUACGAGCUGCGGUUUGACUUAAUGUACAAUGGGAAAAACUACUACGCCAUUUACAAAAACUUUGUGCUGCUUGGAGAAUCCGAGAAUUGCAAAAUUAAGAUCUCCGGAUAUUCAGGAGGUAAUGCAGGUAACCAAAUGAAAGCUCUCAAUGGCCAUGCGUUCACAACAAAGGACCGUGACAACGAUGUACGCAGUUUUCAAAACUGUGCAAAUGCAUAUCACGGAGCUUGGUGGUACAAGACUUGCUCGUUUGUGAACGUCAACGGGGCGUGGGCCUCAGAGGAGAGCGGCAAGAGCAUGCAUUGGAGCAGUGUAACAGGGUGGGCCAAAUCUGUCACCUUCAGUGAAAUGAAAAUACGGCCACUCGCAAAGUGACAGCUUUAUGACAGCGAAUACUCGGUGUUGUGAUUAUGUACGAAGCUUGUGUGUCCAUAUAUUAUUUUGUUGAAAAGAAAGUUGGAAAAGGAUAAUAAUACUACACAUAGAUCCACACUGUAUACGUAUUCUUCUCACUUCCCACAGUCUGAUCCCCAUGCGCUUUACAUAUUUUCUAAAAACAGAAAAUUCUGGUCUUUGCGUAGUCACGCUUGUACACACACCAUGGUACACUUAUGAUGUUACAGAUAUGUAUAAUAUGUACAUACCUCCAUGAACACACACACAC